AUGUAUCUGGUUGUUUGCUGGAGCUUUGCGGAAGGAGUAUUCGCUGUAAUCAUUCAUGAUUCGCCAAGGGGGGAGGAUUCGGUAGCGCCCCUAAAGAAAUCUGGAAAAGCUACAGUUCUGAGAUUGGAUAUACGUUCAUCUUGUGUCUACCGUAGAUUUCGAGGCUAUAAAGCGAGUCUCACAUACAGAUUGGUUUUCUUAGAACGCAUAAUUAUCUCCGAAAUAUCUCAAGGUAAUGUCUUGCAUACAUCCAUAGCCGUUGCAGGCAAUUAA